AUGGACAUUGAUGAACAUCAAGACCUGGAGCGCCGACAAAUCGAUAGUCUCAAAACUUGGGUCCAGAUUCACAACGGUAUGGACAGUCGACACAUCAACAAUGCUCUUCAAGGCUGGAUAGCCCACCGCUCGGGUAUCCUGGAAUCCACUACAACCUGGCUCGAGGUCCUCAAGCAUGCAUACGACAUUCUCGUUCCGCUUCAGGAGGAAGUUAACGAGCUGCUCACGCAGUAUUGUCACCUUGCAGCUGGUUCAUCGCAGAUCUCGCGGCUACUGGACACCAUGAUGUACCCACACGCUGGGAACCGAGAAAUGAUGCCGCUAGUGGUGCCAUUGUAUGAUCUUACCGAACUUGUAAGACAGACUGUGGAUGAGCUGCAAGGUCGUUUAGUUCAUCUCGUGCGGGCAAAGGCAAUAAAGAUGUCUCUGCGUGAUCGACUUCUCGAGACGAAGGGUCCGUUGGAGUGCAUAAUGCAGGACGAGUAG